GAACCCCCCUAGUCCAUCACCAGAAGCUAGCAUUCAAGCUAUCUGCUUUCGACUCAUCUACAAAGCUCUUUGCUAGUGCAUUUUCCAUCUAAAUUUCAUACGAAGAAAAAUGGUAGCCAAAUUGCCAGAGGAAGAGCAUCCCAAACAGGCAUUCGGAUGGGCUGCAAGAGACGAAUCUGGUGUCCUUUCUCCCUUCGACUUCUCCAGGAGGGCAAUAGGAGAGAAAGACGUUUGUUUCAAGGUUCUUUACUGUGGAAUGUGCCACUCAGACCUUCACAUGGUCAAGAAUGAAUGGGGCACUUCCACUUACCCUCUCGUCCCUGGGCAUGAGAUUGUGGGAGUGGUGACAGAGGUUGGCAGCAAAGUGGAAAAAUUCAAGGUGGGAGAUAAAGUUGGUGUGGGCACCAUUGUGGGAUCAUGCCACUCCUGCCAUAACUGCACAAACAAUCUUGAAAAUUAUUGCGCAGAAACGAUACUCACCUAUGGUGCAAAGUACUAUGACGGAACCAUCACUUACGGCGGGUACUCUGACAUCAUGGUUGCUGAUGAGCACUUCAUCAUUCGUAUUCCAGAUACCUUGCCUCUUGAUUCUACUGCCCCUCUCCUUUGUGCUGGAAUCACAGUGUACAGCCCCUUGAAAUAUUAUGGACUUGACAAGCCCGGUAUGCAUGUGGGCAUCGUUGGCCUUGGUGGGCUAGGUCAUAUGGCAGUGAAAUUUGCCAAGGUUAUGGGGGUUAAGGUGACUGUGAUUAGCACCUCACCAAGCAAGAAGCAGGAGGCUGUUGAGCAUCUUGGUGCUGAUUCAUUUUUGGUUAGCCGUGACCAAGAUCAAAUGAAUGCUGCAAUGGGCACAAUGGAUGGUAUAAUUGAUACAGUGUCUGCAAUGCACCCUCUAGCACCUUUGAUUGGGCUAUUGAAGACUAAUGGAAAGCUGGUUUUGGUUGGUGCUCCAGAGAAGCCACUUGAGCUAGCAGCCUUUCCUUUGAUAAUGGGAAGGAAAAUGGUGGGAAGUAGUGGCACUGGGGGAAUGAAGGAAACACAAGAAAUGAUUAAUUUUGCAGCCAAACACAAUAUAACAGCAGACGUUGAAGUUAUCCCAAUUGAGUAUGUGAGCAUUGCCAUGGAACGCAUGCUGAAAGCAGAUGUUAGAUAUCGAUUUGUCAUUGAUAUUGGCAACACGAUCAAGUCUACCUACUGAAUUUGAUAUAUAAAUGUAUUUCAAUUUUUAAGUAAUUGUUACAUUCGAGGAUUUUGUAGUCUGUGCCCUCAUAAUAUAAUAUGACGAGGAGCAUUGUUUAAUAAAUUGGAUUUGAGUGAAUGACAUUUUUUUUUCAUAAA